AUGAAGAUCUUCUUUCUGAUUUAUGCUUUGCUCGUCUUCUCCCUUUUGGAGGAAGCAGGUAAGAUUUAGGAUCAUGCAAGCAGGUCCUGCAAGAAAUGUUUGUGGUCAUUCUCAAUCCCUAGGAGUCAUGUUUCUAUCCUGGGUCGCAGCCCCCUUUGAAUGGGAGCCUUGUAGUCUUCUUCCUUAGGAGUUUCAGGAGAUGGGAAGGAUGAAAGGGCAACUAAUUUUCUCCUCACACACAUGAUCAUAGAAGCCUCUCGCUUCUGUGCUAAAAGAACAGGAUAGUAAAUGAUGUAAAAGGUAAAGGGACCCCUGACAGUCAAGUCCAGUCACGGAUGCCUCUGGGGUUGUGGCGCUCACCUCACUUUACUGGCCGAGGGAGCCGGCGUUUGUCCACAGUCAGUUUUAUGGGUCAUGUGGCCAGCAUGUCUAAGCCACUUCUGGCGAACCAGAGCAGCGCACGGAAAUGCCGUUUUACCUUCCCACCGGAGUGGUGCCUAUUUAUCUACUUGCACUUGACAUGCUUUUGAACUGCUAGGUUGGCAGGAGCAGGGACUGAGCAACAGGAGCUCACCCCGUUACAGGGAUUCAAACCGUUGACCUUGAGAUCAGAAAGCCCUAGGCGCUGUGGUUUAGACCACAGCACCACCCGUAAAUGAUGUAGAAAGACUCAAACCUUAGCCAGUAUCAGAGAGAAUGUGGACAAACAGUGUGAUUUGGAAUAAGACACCUUCCUAUGUCCCAAAAUCUAUGGAGGGCUUAGGUGUGGGGAGGAUAGGCCCAAAAUGUAAGCAUUCUCUUUCAAUACGGAGGUGGGAGGAACUCAUUCCCCUUUGCAUUGGAAGGUGAAUCUACAUACUUCUCUCUUUCUAAAACAAUACACUAAUCGAAACACAGCCAUCCUUCAAAAUGCAAACCCCUCUGAAUUUUGAAUGCUAUUCUCCAGCAAUGCAAGUCAUGUGUACAAGAAUGCAUAUACUGGGCUAAAUUGUACAUGUAUUGGUGGAAAUAACAUACGAAAAUCCAUUAUACUGUGGGAAAUCACUUUGUAGAAAUAGCUGCAUUAUGCAGAAUUGCAUAUUCAAAUGUUUAUGCCAGGGUAAUAUUAUGUUGGGACGCGGGUGGCGCUGUGGGUAAAACCUCAGCGCCUAGGGCUUGCCGAUCGCAUGGUCGGCGGUUCGAAUCCCCGCGGCGGGGUGAGCUUCCGUCUUUCGGUCCCAGCUCCUGCCCACCUAGCAGUUCGAAAGCACCCCUAAGCGCAAGUAGAUAAAUAGGGACCGCUUUAUAGCGGGAAGGUAGACGGCGUUUCCGUGUGCUGCACUGGUGCCGGCUCGCCAGAGCAGCUUCGUCACGCUGGCCACGUGACCCGGAAGUGUCUCCGGACAGCGCUGGCCGCCGGCCUCUUAAGUGAGAUGGGCGCACAACCCUAGAGUCGGACACGACUGGCCUGUACGGGCAGGGGUACCUUUACCUUUACCUAAUAUUAUGUUAGUUUUCCUGAUUAUAAUGCUAGUGCUUCUAUCCUGGAUAUUAAUGCUCCCUUAACACAGUAUUGCCUGUUGAAUUAUAGAACUGUGCCUUUUUAAUCAAUAUGGCACCGUGUGAUGCUAAAGUUUAAAGGUAGGCUAGGCAGAAAGGCAGUGCUCUGCUGUCAGCUGCUGCUGCUGCACAGUCCAUUUACCACUGGUUUCUUCUGUAAGUAGUUGCUACAGAAAUGCAAACUCCUUUCGUAAAAGCAUCAUGGACCUUCUCACCGAAGAGGUUCUGCUCAGCUUCCAAGCUCUCCUUGGAAGUCUUGUCCCAGCCACUCUAGGCGGCUAGAUUUAUUACAAACAAGAGCUAAAGAAACAUUGUGAAGUUAAAAUAAUAUAAUAAAUCAUGUUUCUUUAAGAACAUUCCAUGGUGUUCAGAGGAACUGAUUCCUUUGCAAGAGUGUUUAGGAUCACAGUCUUAAGAUGGUGAACCUGUGGAAGCCAGCUUUAAUGAAUGAAGUCAGAUUUAAUCAGUGAAACUGGAUGUUCUUAUAAGCCCUUCCUGCCCGACUCAUUUUUCUCUUGAAGUUAUUUUUAGUCUGUGUUGUGGGAUCAAAGCUUUUCAUGUUCUGUUCUUCUAAGCAAUGAGUGGGAGCAUUUGCUUAUAGGAUUCUAAGGUAUUUUAUGUGUUCUUCAAUAUCUUCAAAGGGACACAUAUGUACUGGGGUUUGGGAAACGUGCAAAUUUAUUUAAACUCAGUUGACAAAUUUAUCUGUAAAAGGAAGAAGAUGUACUAAGAAUUCUGUAAUUGGUGAACAAUCUUUUUAAAAAAGGAAGAAUCAGCUCACUCUCUAGGUUAUCCUGCCUCUCAUUAAGCUUAUGCCGUUUUUCAAACAUCUAUUGUUUUUGACAGCCCUUCUCGAGCAAAUUACUACAAAGAAAAUCUGCCAUAAAAAUGGUGGAAGGUGCGUUUACAUGGAAUGCAGAGAUAAUGCAACGAUUAUUGGAACAUGCAUCGACCCUCUCUAUCUUUGCUGCAAACAUUGAAUAAGAGAACUGUAAGAAAAUUCUACCCAUUUGGUUAACCGUGUCCUUUUUCCUUUAUUUUUCUAUGUACAUAUGACAUGAGAGUAACACUAAGCUAAGGGGGCUGGGCAUGUUUAGCCUGGAGAAGAGGAGGUUAAGGGGUGAUAUGAUAGCCAUGUUCAAAUAUAUAAAAGGAUGUCACAUAGAGGAGGGAGAAAGGUUGUUUUCUACUGCUCCAGAGAAGCGGACACGGAGCAAUGGAUCCAAACUACAAGAAAGAAGACCUGCUUGGCAGGGGGUUGGACUCGAUGGCCCUUGUGGUCUCUUCCAACUCUAUGAUUCUAUGAUUCUAUGAUUCUAUAACCAAGAAUCCAGUUGGGCUUUGAUAUGGGAAAAUUCACAGCGUGUCUGCCACUAUUUAGAAUGCAGUGUUGGGAGCAAAAUGCAGCUUUCUGAGAAAUUCGGCCUUUUCUGCCCCUUUUUGAAGUCCUAGCCUAAAGAUAUGCUUGAAAGCAAGUGGACAACACCCAAUGAAAGUUGUUUCAGCUGAGAACAAGGCUUCAGUGCCACAUCUAAUGGUAUCCUCUAACAAAAGCCAGCCAGAACUAUGCAAUAAUUGCAUUGAACAUUUCCUCAGUCAGCACUAUUUAUGCAGGGGAGAUAAUCCAUGCAAAAAUCCAUCUGAUCUCUUCAAGCCCAAAGUGCACAGAGCCUUCCUUACGGGUUCUUCCACAUGCCAAAAAAAAAAUGAGUGCCAAGUAACUGCACAUAUUGCAAAAUUAGCAGAAACUCUGCAGAGAGAUUUUUGACAAAGAAGGCAGGACCUCUAGUGGCUGUCUGCUGUGUGUUUUUUCUGAAUGUUUAGUCGGAAUCUCCUCUCUUGUAACUUGUCACAUGUCUGCUGCUAUUCAGAAUGGAGCGUUGGGAGCAAAAUCCAGCUUUCUGAGAAAUUCAGCCUUUUCCACCCAUGAAGAUAUAGUUGAGAGCAUGUGGGCAACACCCACUGAAAGUUGCUAUGCCCAAGAACAAGGCUUCAGUGCCACAUCUAAUUUACUCUUCUAACAAAAGCCAGGCAAACUAUGCAAUAAUUGCAUUGGAUGCUUGCCCAUAGUAGGCAUGAUUUAUAUAGGGAAGAGAACCUAGAUUGUCUUGAUGCAGAAAUCCAUCAAAAAACAAAGUGAACAAAGCCUUUCUUACGGGUAUUUCCACAUUCCGAAAACAAUGAGUCACUGCAUGUAUUGCAAAAUUAGCAUAAACUCUGCAGAGAGAUUUUUGACAGAGAAAGCAGGCCCUCUAGUUGCUAUGUGUGCAUGUGUGCCCAUAUUCUCUAAAGGGUUAGAUGGAGGGGCUUGGCAGUAACUUUUGCUGUUGUUCUGCCCGAUGUGCAGUUAUGUAAAGUUUAGAGCAUUUUAUUUUUAAAAAAGAAAAAGCAAGCGGAAGUCACUAUUAUAUUAUCUCAGUUACCUUGUAACUAUGAGCAUUUAUCUUUCCAUAGCACUUUGGGGGCAAGGCUAAACAGUACCAGAAAACACAGGCUUGCCAAACUAUGCUUCCUCUGACUCACGCCUGUUUCAUCCAAACCCUCUAUCCCUAAACCAGCCAAAGCAAACCCUGUUUAGCACAAUCCUUACACAUGUAGCUAGGAAGCUGCCUUAUAACAAGUCAGCCCUCUACCUGGGGAUGGCAGGGAUUCAACCUGGAAGCCUCUUUAUGCAGGCAGAUGCUCUAGUUCCUCCUGCCCCAAAGGAUAAUUUCAGAAGAGAUUGUAAUUUAAUACAUGUCCCUUUUUUCCCCCAAGGUCACAUUCAUGCCAUCCAUUCAAAGAACUAGGAUACCAUUUGAAACAGUCCUGGCUUCCCCCAAAUAAUUCUGGGAGCUGUAGUUUGUUGAGGGAGCCGAGAGGUGUUCGGGAACACCUCUUCCUCUCACUGAGUUGCAAUUCCCAGAGUUCCCUGCGGACAGGGAUUGGUUGUUAAGCCAUAGGAGACAUCUAGCUAUUCCCAGCACCCUGAAGAAACUACAGCUCCCAGAAUGCUCUGGAGAAAGCCAUGACUGUUUGAAGUGGCAUCAUAGUGCUUUAAAUUCUUGGAGUGUCUGAGGUCCCUGUUAUCCUCUUCUCUGUGCCCUCCAUCCACCCAUGAGGAAGACACAGGAUAUAAAUUGUUACAAGCAAAAGCUGUUCCUUUUCCCUUAUGGGGUACCCAAGAGCCCAUAUAGAGUCCUUAUGUAGGUUCUCUAUCGGUAGGAGAAAAUAACAGAGUCCAACCUGAGAAUAUUGAGAAGCAAAACAGCUAGUAGACCUGAUCUUUGUUAAACUGUUGCAACAGGGUGCUCACACACACACCCCACGCAGGAAGGAGGAGGAACCCAGAACCAUGGUGUGCAAGCCCUUAUAUAGACUUUUGAAAUUGCCCACCCUGUAGCUCAAGACCACCACCACCCCCAAUACAUCAUACAUACAUGGGCAGUCUAGAGCAGGAUGCUGUCUGGCAGGAAACUUGUUAAUGGGUUUACCUGGGCAGCCUGGCCAUUCUUUUGUGGUGAUAAAAUACUUAAUUCCUGAGUCCAGGUCAUGGGCUCACCCUAUUCAUACCCAAAUGUGCCUUUAAGGCAGUAUUUGUGCCUUAAAUGGAGAGGCUUUUCCCCGUACAAUGUGUGUGCCUAUACAAUGGAGAGGCUUUUCCCAUUUCCAUCCAAACUGCAGAGGAAUAUUUGAGGUCACUGAAAGAGUCAAAAUGGCUUUAGGACUGUUUUCCUGCACUGUUUCACAGACAUGUGGUUUAUAUAUUUAUAUAUGUGUUUGCCUGGUACAUGUAUGAGCAUUUAUUUUUAUACCAUAGACCUUAUAAUUCUCAUAACAUAAAUUAAAUUUAAAAUGGAUAUAUUCUCUUGCGCUUUGAAAACAAAGGAGCUGAGAGCAUCUCUUGGUUCUCUUUGUGAAGGCAGGCCUGUUUUGGGAAGUUUUUAACAUUUGAUAUUUUAUUAUGUUUUUAUUUGUGCUGGAGCAACCCAGCCAGAUGGGUGGGGUGUAAAUAAUAAGAUUGCUGUUAUUUCUGAAGGUUACGCUAUGGAUUUCUGAACUGCGUCCAGAAAAGAAGAAGACAUAUACUGGAAAUUCCUAAGCAUUACCCGGGCACACAUCAAUGGACUCCUCGCAUCCUGCUUCCUUUCCUCCAGUAA